ACAGCUCCAGUGUGGUGUAUUGCACUUGGUGCUGCUGUCAGUAUUGUAGUUAGCCUGGCAGAGCGAGCCUAGGUGAACAGUGCUGGUUUGAUAGAUCCAAAAUGUCUGAUUCUAAGAAAACUGUUUGGGAGUAUUAGAGCAGCUCAGUGGUUUAACUUAAAGUCAGUAGUAGCAAUUUAGUAGUUUUGUGGAAAAAAUCAAGGCAAAUACGUUGUUCUUUUGAAAAAUAUCUACAAGAGUCUGUUAGAUGUCAGAAGACAGAGCCUAAAAACAAAGGUGGAUUUAUUUGAUUCCUGUGAGUGUCCUGUGUGUAAUAUCAGGAAUUAUCAGUGUUAUCUGAAUUAUUGGAGUUCAGUAGAGCAGCUAGAAGAGAGCCAGCACUGUAUACCUAAGGAGCUCUGUGUAAAUGCUCUGCAGAUUGUCAUCUGGGAAGCUUUGAAAUAUUUAUGCAAAACCACUACCAAAAAUAGUCAUUUCGGAGAAACCAGCAGUUUGCUCAGAUUGAUCUGAACGCAGUAACCAGCAAGCCCUGAGUUAACGCCACCCAGAGACAGCUCUGACGGGGUUUUUCUAGUGGUCCGAAUGCCGUCUGCCAUUGCAGGACUGCUUCCAUACACGUUUCCACAAUGAGCUGCCCCUGGACAGGAGGGGAGCUGAGAUUGCUGCUGGUGUCCUGCACUCUGUCCUUUCUGCAGUUCUUAGCUGAUCAUCUCUUCAGGUAUCUGUGCUAAUUUGUUCCUGCUGCUCAUGUCAGAUAAUACCUGAACAGAGAUGACAGAAUCACAGCUUGCCCUGGUGUUAUCUUUGGGGGAAAAACCUCUUCUGGGAUGCAAGGGACAGAGGUGUAGCAUCACAACGUUUUCUGCUUUAGUGCAGACUGGGGCAGCAGGGCUGCGUUAGCUCUGUCACCAGAAGAAGCAGUCCUUCAGAAGGAUUGCUUCGGUGUUAUCUAUGCAUGCAUCAGCAUUUAAGCGCGUCAGUGCAUUUUUAGAUGCAUAUAUUUGUACAAGCAGAUCACAAAGCACACUGAGACCUUCCGCUGAAGACGAAUGUGCUCCCUCUGAUGUUUUGUGGUCAGCAUGAUUUUAAAAAAGGGCAGAAAUUGAAGGGCCAGUGAAAAAACGUGGUUAAUUAAAUGUGAAAGGUGCUGUCCUUGUUUGGACUGUCUGUUAAUGGUAUGACAAGCUCUGGUAAAGAGCUUAGCUGGCCAGAUUAAAAUUAAAAAAUUGUCUCAGUCCAUCUGCUAGCUCCAAGGAGUUUACUUCCGUCACCUUUUCUUGUUUCUUCACUAAAGCGGAAUACUGUCAUUGAAAAGAAUAUUCCCAGGAUGUCUUGGUUGACUUUUUUUACCUAAUGUUUUUUCCAAAGAUAAUUAUAAGUGACGUCAAGACAUUUUCAAGAAGGGAAAUGCUCUUGGUUAGUUCAAGGAUACAUUAAAGACAACAGCUCUUUUGCUAAAAGGGAUUUUUUUUUCCUUUUUUUUUUUUUUUUUUUUUGACACAAAUAAGUAUGUUUGGCAUCAUUUGGAAAAUCUUUCUUUGCCUUCCAUUUUUGGGAAUGAUUAAAGGUGAUCUUCAAAUAGUUGCAGCAGAAAGUUAUUCAGCUACAGGAGGAGGAGGACAGGCUAAAGAUGGUUCACCAGCCCCUCAGCUCAGUGGCUGGCAGUUGGCAAACCCUUCUCGGCCUCCUGAGUUGAAAAAGCUUAAUGGCAUUGUGGAGGCUGAACAGGUCAACAAGCAUUUGCUGUUACGAAGGAAGCGGUCCAUUCUGUUUCCCAGUGGAGUGAAGAUCUGCCCUGAUGAAUCUGUUGAGCAGGCUAUUGCCAACCAUCUGAAAUACUUCAGGCUCAGAGUGUGUCAGGAAACAGUCUGGGAGGUCUUCAAGACAUUCUGGGAUAGACUGCCAGAGCGUGAAGAAUAUCACACCUGGAUGAGCCUGUGUGAGGAAGGAACAAUGAGUAUCUUUGAAAUGGGCAUGAACUUCAGUCAGUCUGAGGAGCACCGGAGUCUGAUUGUGAAGAAACUGUCCUAUAUAAAGGAAGCAAUGGGCGGUUCCUGCACUGAUUGGUCGUGUGGCAGUAGUGAGACUCCAACUCCAGCUUCGGAUGCUUAUGUUACCACAUUGAGAGAUGCGGCUGCCAAUGUUCCUCCCGCUCAUGAGAUCUCUGUUGAGAGUCCUGCGGGUGGUACCAUCCAUGAGAUUGAAGAUGCAGACACUACUAUCAAUAAUGAGAUAAAGAAGCAGGAUGAGAAGCUAGUGAGACCUGUAACUGAACAGAUGAUUGAGUUCAGCAUUUUGAUUGUUGGUGAAAAGUACAGUGAGGAGCUGAGGGACCCAGCCGCUGUGAAGCGUCAACUGCUCUCGGAACAAUUCAUUUCUCAGAUCGAAAGUGUAUUUGAAGGACUACCUGGAUACAAAAGCAUCCAUGUCCUGGAUUACAGCUCUCCUGAGGAGGACAGUGGGGUGGAAGUUCACUAUGCUGUUACAUUUGAUGGAAAAGCCAUCAGCAAUGCCACCUGGGACCUGAUUAACCUUCAUUCCAACAAGGUGGAGGACAACUCCUUUAUGGGCAUUGAGGAUAAUCCAACAGUUGUGUACACCAUCAGUGAUUUCCGGGAUUAUAUUGCUGAAAUCCUCCAGAAAAAUGCCUUGCUUGAAAACACUUCCUUAUCUUUAGACCCUAACUCUCUCCAACUUACUAAUGUGAAAGAAAUACUGCACCCUACACCAGAAGACCUAGCCUGGAUUACUGAGCAUCCAGUUGUGCUGGAGCACCCGGAGUUCGAUGACAGCACCUUUUUAGCUGAACGGCCUUCAGCAGAUGAAUCAACUGUCAGCAAUACCUUGCCCUUUGAUUUCGCCAAACCAGAUUCCGCUUCAGAUAGUGAACAGUCCAAUGACAAUGAAAUCUGGCCAAGACCAGAAAACCUGGACCCUGAGGCCAGUUUGGCACCUGAAGCUCCGCUCUCCUCAGAGGCUGACAUCACUUCUUUGCCUGAUGGGCUGAAUUUAGAGGAUGAGAAUCAGACUCCUCAUUUGGUCACUGCGCCAGUGUUAGGGCGUGAUUCUGUGGACUCUCUGGAAUGGCUUUCAGCCCCCAGUUCUUUAGAUGCGUUUGAAGAUACUGGACUAUCUGAAGACCUUCCUUUGCCUUCAAGUCCUCUUCCUCACCUUGUGCCUAAAGAACCUCCGUCUACAGAUGAUCAUGCAGUUCCUCUGCUUUCUGCACCAACAGUGGCCUCUUCAUCAGUCAUAGAGACUGAUAUUAAAGAAACAGUAUCUGUGGAGAAGGAAGAAGUAACUCAGGGUACUGCAGGCAGUAACAAUGCAGACUCUGUGUUGCAUGAGUCUGUAGAAGAACUUAAUUUUCCCUUAGAAGUACACCCUAUGGAAGAUGAAACUGAUAUAUAUCUUGGUGAUAGAGUUAUAUAUGAUGAUGGGUCUGGGUCAGCUCUUGAUGGUUCGGGAAAAGAAAUGGAAUCAAGUAUUUGGCCUUGGGACGAAGCAACACUGGAACCAAUUUUCUACCCUGGUCCUGAUAGCUGGCUUGAAGAUGACAAUGAGUCUUUGUUAAUCAGAACUGAGGAUAUUCCUGAAGGCAUCAUCUUAGACUAUAUUCUUAACUCUGGGAAUAAAUUAGAUGAUCCUUCCAAAGAUGAGAAUGAAGCUAUGGCCAAUGUAAAAGAAGAUUUCCUGGAUGAAUCUGAAAUAUUUGUAUUUCCAGAGACUACAACUCAGCAGGUACCUCUGUUACAGACAGAAGAGCCAUCAUCUGUGGAACCAUCUACACAGACAGAAACAUUGGGCAUGUAUGAUCCUUUUGUUAGACCAUCCUUAGUUUUGGAGCCUUCAGUGGACCGUUCCUUUGUAGACAUGCCAACUGGAGAGGCCCCUGUCCCACUGCACAACACAGGCCUGUCUGUGGAAGAUAGUCUCCUUACAUCUGCAGGGACUGUCAGUAUGGACCAACCCAAAGAGUCCGGUGUAGGUCAGAACAUCAUUUCUGAAGCAGUUGAACACCAAAAUGAAGACAGGACAAUGGUGGUAGAACUAUUCACAGUGUCAGAUGUAACUGAAGCUGCUACAAUUGGCCACUUGGACACAAGCUCUUCAGAAACUAUUCUGACUGCAGAUCCUUCCACAGUAAACCCUGAUGCUUCCACAGAAGAGCAGCAAACCUUAGAUUCAUCGCUGGCAGGCCAAGACACUACUGGAUCAGCAGUGAAGAAACCAGCUGAUGUCUGGCCUACUGACAAAGCACUAGAAAACUCAUUAGAUCAGACAGUGCAAUCAGCAAUGCCAACUGCCACUCAAGUUUCAGCUGCAGUUCCUUCUGUAAUAGAUCAGACCACUGUUCUAGAGGGCUUCACUGGACAGGGUGGUACAGACGACGACGCGCAUGUUUCCAUGAGCUUCAGCACUGUUACGAACUCUUACGUAACGGUGACUGUAACAACAAGCGCUGUUGAGCUUCCAUCCCAUCUCCCUACUGUGGGAUCCACGAUGUCAUCAUCUGUGGCUACCUCAACAAAGCUGGGAGAUGAAAUAACGAGAGUCCCGGAUGUUUCAGCAGACCUGGAUCGUGUGAGCACUGUUCGCUUUUCUCCUGAGCCAACUGAGGAGGGAAGGAGCAUGACUGAAAGUCACGUGGAGCUAACGACUCGUCUCCAAUCCACAGAGAUGGCCAGUGUGGCUUGGGCCACACACGAAAAUCGCAACAGCACACCUGUCUCAUCGCGAGCUCUGGUCGUGUUUUUCAGCCUUCGCGUUACCAACAUGAUGUUUUCAGAGGACCUGUUUAAUAAAAACUCCCCUGAAUACAAAGCGUUGGAGCAACGAUUCUUGGAACUGCUGGUGCCCUACCUUCAGUCAAACCUGACAGGCUUCCAGAAUCUGGAAAUCCUCAACUUCAGAAAUGGCAGCAUCGUGGUGAACAGUCGAAUGAAGUUUGCCAAACCUGUGCCUCGGAACGUCACCAACGCUGUGUACAUGAUCCUGGAAGACUUCUGCAACACUGCAUACCACACCAUGAACCUGGCCAUCGAUAAAUACUCCCUGGAUGUGGAAUCUGGUGAGCAAGCAGAUCCCUGCAAGUUCCAGGCCUGCAAUGAGUUCUCUGAGUGCUUAGUAAAUCGCUGGAGUGGGGAAGCUGAGUGCGUCUGCAAUCCUGGCUACCUAAGCAUCGACGGGCUGCCAUGCAAUAGCAUUUGUGAUCUGCAACCAAACUUUUGCCUGAAUGACGGGAAGUGCGACAUAAGCCCUGGGCAAGGGGCCAUCUGUAGGUGUCGUGUGGGGGAGAACUGGUGGUACAGAGGGGAGCACUGUGAAGAAUAUGUCUCCGAGCCGCUGGUUGUGGGUAUUGCAAUUGCUUCUGUGGCAGGAUUCCUUCUUGUGGCAUCUGCUGUCAUCUUCUUCUUGGCCAGGACCCUUCGAGACCAGUACACAAAGAGUGACACCGAGGACUCACAGGGGCAGGGUGACAGCCUCUCAUCCAUUGAGAACGCAGUUAAAUACAACCCCAUGUAUGAAAGUGAUACGACUGGCUACAGCCAUUAUUACCGGAGAUACCCUCAGCUAACGUCCUACAGUUCUACCAGUGCAGAGACAUCCACAGACUACAGCAGUGAAGAGAUCAGGCACAUUUAUGAAAACAGUGAGCUUACUAAGGAGGAAAUUCAGGACAGAAUUCGAAUUAUAGAGCUCUACGCUAAAGACCGUCAGUUUGCAGAAUUUGUUAGGCAGCAUCAAAUGAAGCUGCUUUAAGAAAAAAAGAAAUCAGUAGAAUGCACGUGGGAGAUAAAGACUACCUUGUUGCCAUAGCAAUGGGCUCAGAUGUAACUACAAAGUUACUUAUAGUCUUAACAUUGCAUGGACGGAUACAGAUGUUUUCUAAAUGAAUGGCUAGAAUGUACAGAUGUCUGUUUAUCUCAAUUACUUCUGGCUUUUCUGUGUAAAGUGACAUUUUUAAGAGGUGAUCUGAAGUGGCAGAGGUUAUGAGAGUUCAUUUUUCUUUAACUCUGAAAUGGACAGUGUAAGUUUGUAUACUGAGGCAAAAAAUCUCCUUGGGUAAGAGAAGAUAUAUGCACAACCAAAAUAAAAGGCACAUUUAAAACCCCCGUCUGGCAGUUAUCCCCUUACUGGAGACUACUGUAGCGAUUUCACAGGUAUAAAGCACUAGUGGAAAGAAAUAUUUGGUUUGCACAGGAACAAUUUGUAGGGGAGAACUAUUGUGCUAGAAUGACAUUAGCAUUAUUUUAGAGCAUUCCCACUAUAAACACAAACAUAACCUCGCUGGAAAAAUUGUUCUUUUGUACAGAUGCCCGAUGUACAUUUUGUCACCUGGCACUAGCAAAACAGGACACAGCACCGAGCAUGCUGGCCUCCGAAAGGCUCUCCCCGGCGCCUGUCAGUGACCCCACCGGGAGCCUCAGCAAGGCAGGGCAGUGCUGCUGCAGUACAGCACCCUGGUUUUAAAGCCAGCUUCUCCUGACAGACACACCAGCUGGGGCACAGAAGGGCUUCUAUCACACCAAUGUUCUGUGAAGCUGAAGUGACUAACAUUGACUUUUUUGUAUGUAGACAAAUGGUUUGAUAUUUUACAAGUUAAUAUGUAUUAUUUAUUUGUUGUGUAUUUCCCUACCAGCUUAUUUUUCAUAAUAGAUUUAACUGUUGAAAGAUGAAUAGGUUAAUGAUGAAAUACUACAGUGGCAUUUGUGCCCAUCCUUUUUAAAAAGGUAUUUAGUGUUUACUCAAUGUUGAAUUCAGCCAACUAACAUUUGACUUUUCUUUACUGAACUUGGCAAUAGCCUGCCAAGAGCUCUGUUUCAAAAUCAGGCUGUGCUAUUUCAGUGCGUGCAUAUUUGGGAUGGCAGCAAUUUCCUAUGGGGAAGGGAAGAAAAGAGAUUAUCCUUGGCUUAGUGGAAGUCAGUGUAGAAGUCUUUAAACAGAAGUCAUCAGCCUGAGACAUUUUAAAGUAGCUAAAUUGAGGUGGGGACCUCCCUUGGUACAGAAAUGGAGUUUUAUCUUGAAGUUAGGAAGAGAGUUCUGACUACGUGUUGAGGUGUGUCGGAGCUCUGUUCAGUCACCCAGUGUCUCUUGUUUAAGGCAUUAACCUGGCUGUCAGGGUUAGGGCACUGAUAGUCUCACAUUAGCUUCUGCUAGCAAACAAGGCCAAGUCAUUUGUUAUUUCUACAACGUCUGUAGUUCUUGGCCCACAUGUGCCAACAGCCACCUGAUACUUUUUAGAGUUAAGUGAUAGUAAGAAUUACUUACUUGUCCAUAGGCAGCUUAGCUAAACAAGUGAAGAUUUCAACGCAAUUCCUCUUUGUGUUCUGGAGAACCUCACUGGAUUGCUUGCGUAGCAUCUUCUUGCCUUGAGUGGCAGGGAAUGGGUACCAGAGCCACACAGCUGUCAAAUGCUUAGAUAAACCACUGUAAGCCCAAAUAAUGCAAGCCAGCAGGAAGUAAUAUGGUGCUGCUGAACACUGCUGUGACCAGAUGUUACGGGCUCUCAGAGCAGCUGGUCCAGAGGGUCUGAGGCACAGCCCACUCCCUCCUGCCCUUGCAGCAGCACGGCUGAGCCAUCCUGCUACACCAAGGCCUUGUGAUCACGGUAACUACACAGCAUAGAGGAGUACUGGGCUCAGGGUUGGCAUCACCUUGUGACUUCUUUCUGUGCAGCUGGGCUGCUAGCCCUGGGAGCCAGCUUCAGUGCUGCUCCUGCUAAGUGCAGCUGUGGGUGGUGGCUGGGAUCAGGCAUGGUUUAAAGGUAUUCUUGUAUUUGCUGUGCACAAGCUGAGGAGAGUCUUGGUUACACUGGGUAUGAAGUAUUUCAGUGUAUAUAUGGUGAAUCUUUUCUUUUUGUGUGUGUGUAUACAUAUGAACAUAAUGGUAUCUUAA